AAAUGAGAGAGAAGAGUCGAUUCCACACCAAAGUAAAACACCAGAAGCCAGAGAGGCGGAAGACAAAGAGGGUUGGCUAGGUGUAGAUGAGGUAGAAAAGACACUGGAACUGGGGACAGUAGGUGGAAGCAGAGAUCUCUGGGCCUGUCUUGUUAGGUUAGGGAGCCCGGAUUCCGAAAACCAAGAAUCUGUGUGAUCCUAGGUGCUCUGAGACCGGGUGCCUGCUGGCCAUUGUCUAAGCAGGUGUGUGCAAGCCAGAGAAGUAUGAGGACACUGGAAGACUCCUCGGGGACAGUCCUGCACCGCCUCAUUCAGGAGCAGCUGCGCUACGGCAACCUGACAGAGACUCGUACUCUGCUGGCCAUCCAGCAGCAGGCCCUGCGGGGUGGGGCUGGAGCUGGGGGCACAGGGACCCCCCAGGCCUCCCUGGAGAUCGGAGCACCCGAGGACAGUCAGGUGCUACAGCAGGCCACCAGGCAGGAGCCCCAGGGCCAGGAGCAUCAGGGUGGAGAGACCCACCUGGCAGAGAACAGGCUGUACAGGCUGUGCCCACAGCCCAGCAAGGGAGAAGAGCUCCCCACCUAUGAGGAGGCCAAAGCCCAUUCGCAGUACUACGCGGCGCAGCAGGCAGGGUCCCGCCCGCAUGUUGGGGACCGGGAUCCUAGAGGGGCGUCGGGAGGCGGCCGCCGACAGGAUGAGGCUCUGCGAGAGCUGAGGCACGGCCAUGUGCGCUCCCUGAGUGAACGGCUUCUGCAGCUGUCCCUGGAAAGAAACGGUGCUCGGGUCCCCAGCCACAUGAGCUCCUCCCACAGUUUCCCUCAGCUGGCCCGAAGCCAGCAGGGUCCCCAACCCCGAGGACCCCCAGCUGAGGGCCCAGAGCCCCGUGGGCCACCACCUCAGUACCCACAUGCUCUGAUGGCUCAGGAGACUUCGGCUGUCACUGACCCAAGAUACCGUCCCCGAAGCAGCCCACACCUCCAGCAUGCGGAAGUCAGAAUCCUGCAGGCCCAGGUACCACCAGUGUUCCUCCAGCAGCAGCAGUACCAGUACCUGCAGCAACCCCAGGAGCACUCCGCCCCCCUCCAUCCAGCCGCUCUAGGCCAUGGUCCCCCGAGCUCCUUCAGUCCACCUGCAGUGGAGGGACCACCCAGUGCCCAGGCCACCUCGGGCAGUGCCCACCUGGCCCAGAUGGAGACUGUACUGAGGGAGAACGCCAGGCUGCAAAGGGACAAUGAGCGAUUGCAGAGAGAGCUGGAGAGCACUUCAGAGAAGGCCAGCCGCAUAGAAAAGCUGGAAAAUGAAAUCCAGCGGCUCUCUGAGGCCCACGAGAGCCUGAUGAGGACCUCUUCCAAGAGGGAGGCCCUGGAGAAGACCAUGAGGAACAAGAUGGACAGUGAGAUGAGACGGUUGCAGGACUUCAACCGAGACCUUAGAGAAAGAUUGGAAUCCGCAAACCGCCACCUGGCAAGCAAGACGCAGGAAGCCCAGGCGGGCAGUCAGGACAUGGUAGCCAAGCUGCUGGCUCAGAGCUACGAGCAGCAACAGGAACAGGAGAAGCUGGAGCGGGAGAUGGCACUGCUGCGUGGCGCCAUCGAGGACCAGCGGCGACGUGCUGAGCUGCUGGAGCAGGCUCUGGGCAAUGCACAAAACCGCGCCGCCCGAGCUGAGGAGGAGCUGCGCAAGAAGCAGGCCUAUGUGGAGAAGGUGGAGCGGCUGCAGCAGGCGCUGGGACAGUUGCAGGCUGCCUGUGAGAAGCGGGAGCAGCUGGAGCUGCGUCUGCGCACGCGCCUGGAGCAGGAACUCAAAGCCUUGCGUGCACAGCAGAGACAGACAGGCACCCUCACAGUUGGUGGUGGCAGCCAUGCUGGGUCCACCGAGCUCAGUGCCCUGCGACUGUCAGAACAGCUGCGAGAGAAGGAAGAACAGAUCCUGGCUCUAGAGGCGGACAUGACCAAGUGGGAACAAAAGUAUUUGGAGGAACGGGCCAUGAGGCAGUUUGCCAUGGAUGCGGCGGCCACCGCAGCCGCCCAGCGCGACACCACUCUGAUCCGACACUCCCCUCAGCCCUCGCCCAGCAGCAGUUUCAACGAGGGCCUGCUGGCAGGCAACCAUAGGCACCAGGAGAUGGAGAGCAGAUUGAAGGUGCUCCAUGCUCAGAUCCUAGAGAAGGAUGCAGUGAUCAAGGUCCUUCAGCAGCGCUCCAGGAAAGACCCUGGCAAGGCCACCCAGGGCACCCUACGGCCUGCCAAGUCGGUGCCAUCCAUCUUUGCGGCUGCAGUGGGGACUCAGGGCUGGCAAGGGCUCGCAUCCAGCGAGCGGCAGACUGAUGCACCUGCCCGGCCGAUAGGAGACCGGGUACCAGCGGAAGAGCCUCCGACCACAGCGCCCCUCCCUGCCCACACCAAACAUGGGAGCAGAGACGGGAGCACCCAGACUGAUGGCCCUGCAGACAGCACCUCUGCCUGCUUGGCUUCAGAACCCGACGGCCUCCUGGGGUGCAACAGUGGCCAGAGGACUCCCUCUCUGGACUCUGUAGCUGCAGCCAGAGUCCAGGAUCUGUCAGACAUGGUGGAAAUACUGAUCUGAAGAAGAGAGGAGGCUGUGCCUCCAACCAGUGAUGGUUUGAUGCAUGGAACUCAGAGAGGAGCACUCCAGGGGGGGCAAGGAGAGGCUGCACUCCCCCCCCCCCAGAAGACUGCUUUUUGGCCUAUAUUUCUCCUAUGACAAUGAGGAAGGAAAAGCCAGACAUCACCUGCACCCCAAGGUCUGUUGCUGGAGCAGAAAGGAGCUGAGACCCCUCCGUCCUGCCCGAAGGGAACAGAUUCUGAUUCCUGAGACUGGCUGGACACCAGCCGAAUGGUCUGCGGGGAUACUCAGGCCAGCCAUGGUGUUCUGUGGCUAAGCAUGGCCCUAGUCAACACUUAUCUGCUCUUCAGUUCCUGACUGCCUUCUUCAGAUCACUAAGACUUGAAUCUCUUGGGGGACUUUGAGUGUGAGUCUUUCGGGAGGCACCAGCAUGUCCUCUUGCGUGGAGUAGGUUAAAGGCCAUUUGAGAGGCCCGCAGAACAGUGUGUUUUGUAUAUAAUUCUCUUUCCUUGGGAACAAAAGACUAUAAUCUCACUCAGUUCGCCUUCCAGGGCUGUGAUGCCUGCCCCCCGCAGCCACAGUUCUUGAAACAUUUGACAGGUCUACCCUGAUGUUCCUCUGCCUCUCCAGUUCCUGGCUGUGGAUUUUGAUACUGGUUGCCCUUCCUCUGUUUUAAAUCCCUGUGUUUAACCCACGGGAUUCUUAUCACCAGCCUUCGUGAAUGGCUCCACAGCUUCUAUCCCCAGGACAUCCUGUCAGUUUGGUGACGAACUGAGCCAGAUGCGGUGAGCCACCACAGGCGGGCAUCUGUUAUGCCCAGCACCAGGUUCUCGUUGAAGAAACUGGAGAAGUUGUUCUCAUAAUGUAUUCGUUCCCACCAGCAGGGACUGGGAGAGGGAGCUAUGUUGUUAAAACCAAUCGGUGAACUUCAAGUCCUCACCAUGGUGCCCCCGUCACAGAACGGCACCCGAGAGGCUGGCUCCUCGGUGCCCCAGCCCGGAAGCAGGGCCAGCGACUUGGAAUUAGGUGAAGUACCCCUACACAGCAGCCUACCAGCAGCAGUGACGUUGACUUCCGGUCUUAAAGCAACCCCCCCAAUCGGCUCAGAAAGCGAUUGGUGGAUUUCAGAUCUUCUGUGUCUUCUCUGGUUGUUGUGUUUGUUUUUCUUUCACUGUUUGAAGUUCUGUCUGUUGUUUGGUCCAUUCCCAUGAUUCUCUGCGUUUCCUUUUUAAACAUUUGCAUUUGCUGGGCAAUUGCGUAUUUUUUUAACUCCCCCUUUCCCCUGUGUAAAGCUGAGAAAUACAUCUGGUUCAUGGACGUUGUUUACAAAGACAAAAGUUUAAAAAAAAAGGAGGGAAAAAAAGGCAAAAAAAAUAUUGUGAAAGAAAAAAAAACAACUUAAUAUAUUUUGGAUUAAUAUUUGGUAUUUCUUUUAAAGUAUUUUUUUUUGUGCUGUGAACAUUUUCUGCCAAAGACCAUGAUGUGUGUCUGUGUGUUUAAGUUAUCAUGAAUAUUUAAAGUGUAAACAUGGCUGUUUUGUUACGCCACCCUGUACCAGGAUUGCUGCUGCAUUCCACCAGGUAUGACAGUAUUUUAAUAAAAAAAACUUAUAAGGAGA